ACUGCCUUCAAGGUCUGCGGGACAGAUGAGUUCCUCAACACUCUCAGACUUUGGCCGGUCUGGAGUUUGUCCAGCAGUGUCUGAAGUUCGACUGGGACGUCCGAUUGUUUCUGACCAAGAGAUCUGCCAUCAACACAGAGCUUGCCCGCACGAAAGAAGACGAUGAGACGUCGUCCACCAUGAACCACAGCAUCCUGCUGCAGGAGCGUCCAAUCAAACAGACCGUCACCAGGGAGGCUCUGACUCUGCUGUUGGAUACGUUCCAUAAUGAGGCCGAGUCCUUCCUGCUGUCAGAGGUGGAGCUACCGCUGCACGUGGAGCGUCUCGUCCAAUCAGUGAAGGCGCUCUGCAGCUCGUUAGCUGCCGUGGAGACACCUGAUGUGACCUCCGCCCUCAACCAGCUCCCAGCAUGCCCCUGUCGUCUGCAGCCCAAAGUCCUCAAGGUGAAAGACACUGACAGAGUCCUCAGAUUAUCAUUUAAAGUUCUUCGGUGAUGGAUCACAUGUUAA